AUGGGUCAAUCACCUUCUGUCCCAGUCGAACACGCUCGUCUUAUCUUCACACGAAACAGUCUCAGCAACAAUAACAUCCAAUGUGAUGCGUUGGGUAUUCAUUAUCAACUCUCAACGCCCAAAGAAAUAAAGACCACACGCACCACAGUGGUGUCUAGAUGGGACCCGCACCAGCAGAAGGAUGUGCCUGUUGCUGAAUGGGAGAAGAGGAUAAUUGGAUCUGAUCGAAUUCGAUUUAUCUAUAAUCGUCCAGUGAUUGAGGAUGAUACGGAGUCUGAGGAUGGACUUGUACCGAUAGGCUCAUUCUUUCCUCGUACGGGUGGAAUACCGAGAUCGUCCUAUUUCCGACGGUCAUUCACCUUCAACGGCGUGACAUACACCUGGAGGUCUCGCGCAUAUUCACUCGUGUUAUACCGCGGGGAAAAGGACGUCGCCGUGGCGACAUUCGCCAGAAGACAGUAUCUUGUUAACCGACGAAGGCCAUAUAUUGCGCUUGGGCCAGGCUGCGAAGACAUUCUUGACCAGUUGUUAGUUACCUGUCUGUAUGCUGAGCAGAAGAGAAGGGAGGCCAAAGAAGGCCCUGUUCGGCGCAAUUUUGAGGACGUGAUAAGCCAAUGAUAGCUUAAAAGGUGGCAGGGAGUGUGAUAUAAAUAAAUUGACAACUGAUUGGAAAGUUUUACCUUCAAAAG